ACGGCUUUGAAAGAGAGCGGGAAAUGGCAGCCGAGAUGGAGGUGGUGCAGUUGACGGAGGCGGUUCCUCCUCCACCUCCGCGUCAGGAGCCCCGGGUACAGUGUCUUUCGCGGCGAUGGGCGGCCGAGUUGCUGGGCCACUGCGGGCCUUUCGUGCGGAGACUCGGGACCGGUCAGGCUGUUGAGACCGAGAACUUGGAACAGGCUGUUGGGGAAGCGCUUUGGAACUUUGAAACGGCUGUACAAGAGAAUGUCACUGUUAAUGGGCAGCUGUGGCAGGAAUCAUCAGAUGAUCUUCAAAAUGACACAGACAUUAAACUCCUCGAAGAUCAGCUUGAUGAAUUAAUUGUGGAAGUGGCUUCCAAGCGUAAUCAGUAUCCUAGAAAAAUGCAAAUAAAUGUUGUUAAAAGCAUUAAAAUGCAACGAGAAUUGUUGGGCUAUCAACCUUUUGUGAACUGUCAAGAGAUAAAAGUGGAAAAUUCCCAAGAUCUGUCUAUGAUGGAACUGAGACUUUCAACAAAAACUGUGUCAAGACAUAUUGGAGAAUCAUUUAAGUCCCUGUCAUCCCUUGUGGAAAAAGCAGAAGGCUUCUCAAAAGCAUUGUCUUCACAACAAACUUUGGAACAGUGCAGACUCCAUCAAGAAAUCAUUUCUGGCUCUGAAGUUAAAAAAGAGAAUAAAAGCGAUGUCAAAAAUCUUACAUCACAAGUGGAAGUCAUACCAUCACAAACUGCUAUCAGUAAUUCUGUUCUGCUCAAAAUAAAGAGACCAUCAUGUUCUCGACAGAGAUUCUACCCACUCCGACAAAGAAAACUUAGUCUUGAUACAUGAACACUUUUCUGAAGAGACUAUCGCAAUAGCCCUUCACUUUUUCUAACUGAUUUUUUUCUAUGGCAUAUAUAAGCAUAGAUUGUUUAUAUAGCAUCGUUAGUGAUCCCCUGGAAUACAUAUAGCAAAACAAAAUUUGUUUGAUAGUGAUGAAAUUUGUUACUGGAUCCCUUUAUAUAGCUCUUAAACUACUCUGUAAAAUACUUAAGCAUAUUAUUAAAUUGGAACAUUUUUCUUUGAAAGUAAACUUGCUACAGUAUAUUACAGCUGGAUGAUCUGCUGCAAGGACUUGACUUGUUUAUGAAAACAUAAAUAGUUGAAUGCUAAUUUCUCCAAACAUUGGGUGAAGAGCAUUAUCCAGAACGCUGUGCAUUUCUGUAGCAAAGAUUCUUGCUGGGUACCCUAUGGAACUUUGAGUGGAGCAUCUGCAACUGGAGUUUCAAAGAAGAACUACUGAACUUUCUGAGGCAAAUUCUCAAUGCCUUAAAUGCACAUAGAGGAGUGUCUAGCUCCCGGUAACAGUUUGCAGAUUCCUAGAUCACUAUUAAUUUCAAAAUGUAGCACAACUUGUACAGGUUCAUUGUAACUAUAGGCUGGGAUUAAAGGCUAAAGUAUUUA